AGCAAUGAGCGUCUUUAUCUCUUGUUUGGCGUUUAUGACUUGGUUAAUCGUUAAGCAAUGCCUUUGUGUCCCCUAGGAUGGAGCAAGGACAUAUCUGACACCCCUCUUUCAGUUUUCUGAGGGUUGAUCCAAAGAGUUAGCCAAUAGCUGGCCACCACUGUAUGACCCUGGGAUGCAGGGUAUAAAGGUAGGUCAUCUGAGACAAAUCAAGCUUAUGCUCAAGAAGCUCAGAGAAGAGAUCUCUAUAAAUCUAAUCCUAGGCUAGUCUAUACAUCAAUUAACAAGGAUAACCACCCCUGUUGAUGGAGUGAUCCUCUCUUUUAAAUUUUGUUGGAUGACUUAAGACCUACAACGCUGUUAUCCUUGACUGUUUAAAUCUGAGAAUCUCCUUCAGCAUUCCUGAUGGAGAGGUUCAAGUCUUACGGAGGGGUACAUGUUAACUCUGCUUAUGAUUCCACUCUGGAUGAACCUCCUGUCUAUGAGGAGACCAACUUUCCUAAUGGGGAACACCGGACGGUCCGGCCCUCGGUUGUCAGUGCCUUUGGUCAUGACACUUUGGAUCGGGUGCCCAACAUCGACUUCUAUCGCAAUGCAGGCAGUGUGAGUGGUCAUCGAGCUGUGCGACCAUCCCUGCAGGAGCUCCACGAUGUGUUUCAGAAAAAUGGAGCGAUCUCUGUGCCAGACACUGUGGAGGACGAUGACAAGGGGAGUGACGGUACCCCCUCUGAUGAUCUGGAGUCUGCAGUUCCCACUGACAGCAACAAUGGAGCAGUAAAGUUUGGCUGGAUAAGGGGCGUCCUGGUGAGAUGCAUGCUGAACAUCUGGGGUGUCAUGUUGUUCAUCCGUCUAUCCUGGAUUUUUGGCCAGGCAGGCUGGGGUCUGGGGAUUGUGAUUGUUCUUCUCAGCUGCGUGGUCACCACCAUCACUGGCCUUUCCAUGUCUGCCAUUUGUACCAAUGGCGUGGUCAGAGGAGGAGGAGCCUACUACUUGAUAUCUCGCAGUUUGGGACCAGAGUUUGGUGGGUCGAUUGGCCUAAUUUUUGCCUUUGCCAAUGCAGUGGCUGUAGCCAUGUAUGUUGUGGGAUUUGCUGAGACCGUGGUCGAGUUGCUCAAGGAUAACGAUGCCAUCAUGGUGGAUGAAAUAAAUGACAUCAGAAUCGUUGGGUGUAUUACAGUGGUGUUGCUGUUGGCCAUAUCAGUUGCUGGAAUGGAAUGGGAGGCCAAGGCACAGAUUGUUCUACUCGUCAUCUUGCUGGUGGCCAUAGUGAAUGUAUUUGUAGGAACAGUCAUUCCUGCAACCGAGGCUCAGAAAUCUAAAGGCAUCUUUAAUUAUCACCCGAAAAUCUUCUCAGAGAAUUUUACUCCAGAUUUUCGAGAGGGUGAGACAUUUUUUUCAGUGUUUGCCAUCUUUUUCCCUGCUGCGACCGGGAUCCUGGCUGGAGCCAACAUCUCUGGAGACUUACGGGAUCCUCAGGGAGCCAUACCUAAAGGUACCUUGCUGGCCAUCCUGAUAACUGGUCUCACCUACCUGGCUGUGGCCCUUUGUGUCUCCGCCACUGUUGUCCGAGAUGCCACAGGAAACACGACUGACCUCAUUAGUCCUGCUGGAGCACCAUGUACUGGUUCAGCAGUAGCUGCUUGUGAGCUCGGCUAUAAUUUCUCUUCCUGUGCAGUAGAAACAUGCAAAUUUGGCUUGAUUAACAACAAUCAGGUGAUGACCAUGGUAUCUGGGUUUGGUCCCCUCAUCAUUGCUGGAACGUUCUCAGCCACCCUUUCAUCAGCCCUGGCUUCACUUGUCAGUGCUCCCAAAGUCUUCCAAGCACUGUGUAAAGACAACAUCUACAAGAUCCUGCACUUCUUUGCCAAGGGACAUGGCAAAAACAACGAGCCAAUACGUGGAUAUGUCCUCACGUUCAUUAUUUCUGUGGCUUUCAUUCUCAUCGGUAAUCUCAACACCAUCGCUCCUAUCAUCUCAAACUUCUUCCUGGCAUCUUAUGCGCUCAUCAAUUUCUCCUGUUUUCAUGCAUCCUAUGCCAAGUCUCCAGGCUGGAGACCAGCAUAUAAAUACUACAACAUGUGGUUAUCGCUGUUGGGUGCAUUGCUCUGCUGUGUUGUUAUGUUUGUUAUCAACUGGUGGGCUGCUCUACUCACAUAUGGCAUUGAAAUCCUCCUCUACGUUUAUGUCACUGUCAAGAAGCCAGAUGUGAACUGGGGUUCCUCCACGCAGGCGGUGACAUUUGUGAGUGCAGUCAGCAAUGCUCUGUCUCUGUCUGCUGUAGAAGAUCAUGUCAAGAACUUCAGGCCUCAGAUCUUAGCACUGACUGGUUCAGCACGGACCAGACCAGCUCUCCUAGACCUGGCUCACUCCUUCUCUAAGAACUAUGGACUCUGUCUCACCUGUGAAGUAUUUUUGGGCCCAAGGUCAGAGGCCCUGAAGGAGAUGAACAAUGGCAUAGAGAAGAACCAGAUGUGGCUUUUAAAGGCCAAACGCAAGGCAUUUUACGCUGCUGUGGUUGGUGAGAACUUCAGGGAUGGGGCUAAGAGCCUGUUGCAGGCUUCUGGUCUUGGCCGUAUGAAGCCUAACACAAUAAUGAUAGGCUUCAAGGGGAACUGGAGGACUGCAGGCACAGAAGCGGUGCAGAGUUAUGUGGGAAUACUGCAUGAUGCAUUUGACUUUGAGCAUGGGACAGUGGUGCUGAGGAUGAACCAGGGACUUGAUGUGUCGCACAUUGUCGAGGCAGAAGAGGAGAUGCUAAAGGCAGCAAGGGAGCAACAGGCAGUAGAAGAUGAGAUGAUGCCGAAUGGAGAGAAAGCAAGAGGACUUUUCAGGAAGUCCAGGAAACCCUCUCAGCAAGUGCUCACGACCAGGGUAUCAGUCUGCGGCCCUCCACCCCCGCAGGUUGCCAAGAUGAAUGAGAGGCUGUUGGAGGCCAGUGCUCAAUUCAAGAAGAAACAGCCUAAAGGCACCAUUGAUGUGUGGUGGCUGUUUGACGAUGGAGGCCUUACCCUGCUACUCCCGUACAUCCUCACUACCAGGAAGAAGUGGAAAGACAGCAAAUUAAGGAUCUUCAUCGCAGGGCAGCCUGGACGCAGUGAGCUGGAUAAAGAUGAGAUGAAGUCUCUGUUGCAGAAAUUCAGAAUUAACUGCAGUGACAUUAAUGUCAUUGAUGACAUCCAUGUCCAACCCCGCUCUGACAGCUUGAAAAAGUUAGAGGACAUGAUUGAGCCUUUCCGCCUACAUGAGGAGUCUAAAGACCAUGCUCAGGCUGAAGCCAUGCGGAGGGAUCAGCCCUGGAAAAUCACUGACGAAGAGCUGAGCACCUUUGAGGAGAAGACCAGCCUCCAGGUACGACUGAAUGAGGUUCUUCAGGAAAACUCCAAAUCAGCAAAUCUGAUUAUUGUGAGCAUGCCCAUUGCUCGUAAGGAAUCUGUUUCUGAUUUCCUCUACAUGGCCUGGCUGGACAUUCUGACAAAGGACCUUCCACCCACCCUACUCAUUAGAGGCAACCACAAGAGUGUGCUUACUUUCUACUCCUGAGCGCCUUGCAGGCUUUGCAGGUAGCUAUAAAGGAAAUAAAUGAUAGUAACAUAAUGAUGGAUAUGUUCAUGAAGACACAAUGUAACACAAACAUUUUAGUCCUGAUGAGGACAUUCAUACUAUUCAUAAAGCUUGUUAAUAUUUUACCAUUAACCUGUUUUAUCACUUUGUCUGAUAUGUGUUGUGUCAUGAUAGCUUGGGCAUGCUGUGAUCUUGCAAUUACUGUGAAGUUGCAACCAGCUUGCCAGCAAGGGAACCUCACAUUGUACUACACUGUACCAGCGUAAACUUUUAACUGCUGCACUGCUCUUUAUGUGAAUGCUGUCAGUAAGGAAUAAGACUGGUCUAAAUAAGGAAAAAUGAAUUUCUGACAUUGAACUUUGUAAAUGUCUGACAGGCUGAAUGUAAAUUUAACAGCAAAGUUUGAGGCUCUUUGAAACUAUGGACAAGUGUGGAAAAAAUACUCAUUAUUUUAUGAAUAAUAUUAUAUAAAUAGAAUAAAAACAAAUGGUCAUAAAUUGGGGUUAGAACAAAGUCAAAUCACACAUCUUCCUAACUUGGUCAGAUCAGUCCAGUGAACAAAGGCAGAGACAGACAGAGAUACAAGGCUGCUUUGUUACACUAACCUGACUGUUUCCUGCUGCUGUGAUUGUAAAAUAAAUGUAUAUAGUAGAUGUAUUUUGAGCAAAAACCUUUUCAUGAAUGAUUAACAGCAUCUGUUGUUUAAACUGUUGUAUUAGUAGUUUUAUUCUUUAUUAAACAUUCAUUGAUAUUCCCUGAGUGUAAAAUACACUGCUAUUAUAAAGCUGUUUACAGCAAUACUAUUAAAAUAUUCUUAAUGUUACUAGUAUCACAGUUCACAAAACUGAAUAAAAUUAAAGACUGUAAAGCCAAUUUGUCUGUGUAUUUUAGCCUAGUAUCUGUCUUCCUAUUUAAAAGAUAUAAUUAUCAUUAUCUGAAAUAAAUAAUUAAAAGCUAUUCUUAU